AGACAUACCUGAAAAAUCACUCAAAUCACUCAAUUUCAAGUCAUUCAAAACGAUAUUUUGUAACUACACCAACAUCGUACUAUGUCUAUCCAGAACUUAAAUACUCGAGACCCCUUUGCGGAUGCCAGCAAUGGCAGUAAGGAUUACAGUCAACACUGGCCCGUACACAUAAGAGUUCAGCAUAGGAACGGUUUCAGGAUAAUCACCACUGUCCAAGGCCUGUCCCUGGAGUACGACUUGAAGAAAAUAGUCCGUUGCUGUAAAAAGGAAUUUGCCUGCAAUGGAGCUGUGGUCGAGUAUGGCAAAGUUAUCCAGCUGCAGGGCGAUCAGCGUGAGAAUAUCUGUCGAUGGUUGACUAAGAUGGGAUUGGCCAAGUUGGAUCAGCUGAGGAUUCACAGCUUUUAAGCAGAUACCAAGGACUAAGUUUUUAAUCUAAAACUUAAUAAGUUCAACUCACAAAAGAAUAUAGAAAAA